AUGGGCUGCUCGGAACCGCAGGAAUUGUUCCUUUUGGAAUUCCUGAUCGACCGAGUUAACGUACCGUCGGUGCAGGCGAUGCAGGACGACUGCUUGCACGUUAAAACCUGCAUCGAAUUCAAGAUUCUAAAUUUGCCGCCAAUAUUCAUCUGUCAAGACGCUUCGUCCGACCAAUGCAACUGCCUCGGCGACGACGCCCAGGUAUUUCGCAGGGGAAAAUCCUGCCUAUUCGCGCUGCCGUCGAAGCUGCUGAAGCCGCCUGUGUGCUCAUUUCCGAUUAGUAUGUCGGUAUAUAAAAAAUUGCCGCCGAGCGUCCUGCCCGACGUGAUGACGAUCGGCAGCAAUCGCAUCGAGUGUCGCGAUAUGCUCAACGCGCUGUUGGAGGAUUGCUCGCCGAACCCGUGCGCGACGCUGAAGAACAACUUCCGCAUCACGACUGCCACCGGGCAGUGCUGCGGCGAAGUAACGGUGUUCAUUCGGCUGUCCAAGCUCGGGCGAAAAGUCGUCACGCAGUUCCAGAACCCAAACAACAAGAAGCCCUACCUCUUCAAGGGCAUCGCGGAGAGCCCGGUGUUCCAGUGCAAGCGCGUGUCGUCAACGUGCGACGAGUCGUUCGCCACUUGCUCGUGCGAGAAGCCGUCGACCGAGCGCGAGCCUGAGGACAAGUCCAAGAGUUGCUGCGGGCUCGAGGGCAAGCCGAGGAGCAGGGGCUCCGGCCAGGAGGAGCCGAGAGCGAGGAAAAAGUCGAGGCGGCCGUGCUGCCGGGCGCUCAAGUCCGCGGCCAACAGUUGCUCGACCAAGGCUCGCGGAGCCAAAGCUUGCCCGAGCAAACAUGAGGUGCGGCCCGAGGUGACGGUCACCAGGCAGUGCGGCUGCGAGGUCAAAGAUGACGCGCCGCACUCGUGUGGCAAAUGAUUGAUGACGCGCGCCGCGACAGCGAGCAACAUGGUUGAGAGAACAACGAUGACAAUUUUUAUUUUCACGUAACACUUACGCGGGCGUGGCUUCGAUUCCAGGCGAUAUAGUUGCCUUCCGCUCGAGUCGUUGAGAAGUUUGCUGCAAAAAUCGACCGUCAGCAGGCGUGCUUUGCAUAAUUGUCGUUCCAGAAAACGAAGUCUCAUUGCCGAUACGGCGGAUACGAUUUGAAUAAUCGCUUGAAAAUUACGUCUCAAGUCGAGCCUGAGAAUACCGAGUAUGUCGAUUGGAAGAGUGC